GUUUAGUAAACAAAUGUAUUCUUUGAUAUUCCGAAAAUUAAAAUUAAUUUAUUAAAUGCUCAUUUAUUUAGAUAAAAAGUGUAUACAUAAAUGGGGAUUUCAUAAAAAAUAAAAUAAUAUAUUGCUGAUUCUUAAUUAAUUAAAAAAUAGAUCUUUUUUUUGUUAUGUGCAUUUUAAAUAAAACGAAAAAUAACUGCUGAAAAAUUAUGGCAUCUGUAUUUCGCCGUCGAAUUUCUAAACAAAUUACUUCCAUUCUUAGACCUUUUCUGGAAGGCGAAGAAACGAAAUAUAUAUACGAUUCUCUACCAUACUCUCUUAAAUUUAGCCAACCUAAGCUUUUAUCUCCUCAAUUUGAAAUAUCUUGGAAAGAUGUCGUAAAAUUAAAACCUCAUUUGAUGGGUAGAAUUCAUCUGAAUACAGUCAUGACAUAUUUGAAAAAUCAGGAAUUCCCUACUUCAGAUGGUAUUACAAGCAUAUGUUAUGAUAGUCUAAAACAAGAUAAACUUAUAUUUUACAUAGAGCAAGAACUUUUUACUUCAAGUGUUCUUCUAGAUAUAUGCCAUAGAAUCAAUACCAUGCCUGAUCACAGCACAUUUUUUAAGUGUAUUCCUCCAGAAACUAUUGUUAUUGACUUUAGCUCUCCUAAUAUAGCGAAGCCUUUUCAUUAUGGUCACUUUCGCUCUACUGUUAUUGGGAAUUUUAUUGCCAAUAUUUGCAAAUACAUAGGACAUGAUGUUACAAGAAUCAAUUAUUUGGGUGAUUGGGGAAUGCAAUUUGGUAUUCUUGCGGUUGGUUUCAAUAAAUUUGGUUCUCAUGAUAAACUGCAAGCAGAUCCUUUAAAUCACUUGUUUGAGGUUUACAAAAGAGCAAAUGAAGAAAAUAACAGCAAUCCUGAUUUUAAUGAAGAGGCAAGAAAAUAUUUUGAAAGAAUGGAGCAAGCAGGAGAUCCAGAAGUAUUAGAUCUAUGGAAAAAAUUAAGAGACAUAAGUUUAGAAGAAUUGAGUUUUACUUAUAAGAGGUUAAAUAUCACUUUUGAAGAAACUCAUGGGGAAUCUAUGUAUGCACAAAAAGCAAAAGAGAUAAUUGAUUUCUUAUUAACUAAAAAAGUUGCAUCAAAGCAAGAGGAUAAUAGUAUUGAAGUCGUAGUUAAUAAACUUGAUAAUUCAGAAGAUAAAUUUAUUUUGCAAAAGAGUGAUGGCACAUCUCUUUAUUUAACUAGAGACAUCGCAGCUGCAGUAGAUAGAAAGAACAGCUACCAUUUUGAUAAGAUGUAUUAUGUGGUUGAUUCAAGCCAAAGCAAGCAUUUCAAUCAUUUGAUGUAUUUAUUGGGUUCGAUGGACUAUUCUUGGGCAAGCGAUGUUCAUCAUGUCCCGUUUGGUCGAAUCUCCAACUUCAGCACUAGGAAAGGAAGGGUAGCAUUUUUAAGUGACAUAUUAAAUGAAGCUAAGGAAAGGAUGUUAGAAAACAUGAGAAAUUCACCAAAUACUAAAGUCAGUGAAAAUAUGGAAUGUGUUGCUGAUUUACUCGGCAUAGCAUCAUUAAUAAUUAAUGACUUCAGAGUAAGAAGGAAAAAAGAUUUCAAGUUUGAGUGGGAAAAGGUAUUAAGCAUGAAAGCAGAUUCUGGAGUUACGCUGCAAUACUGCCAUGCCCGAUUAAAUAGUAUCAAAGAAAACUGUGGUAUAGAUUUAAGUUUGAAUUGUGAACUUACUAGUCUUGUUGAGCCAGAAGCUAUUUCACUGAUAGCUCAUCUAUCCAGGUUUGAUGAAAUCAUUUACCAGUCUUACUCAGAUUUAGAGCCAUGUGUUCUUGUACACUAUAUGUUUUCUCUUAGGAAUGAAAUUAGCCGUGCAAUCAAAGUGCUGCCUGUCAAAGGUUCUAAUCCAUAUGUUGCAAGAGCUAGGUUGCUACUGUUCCAUGCAUCAUAUUUAGUUCUUCAUAAAAGUUUUGAACUGAUGGGCAUAACUCCACUCGAUAAAAUGUAGAAUAAUUCCAUCAUCAUGUAUGUAAUGUCACAAUAGUUUUAAUAAAUUUAUUUCAGUAUUUA